AUGAGACCAGUUCUGGUUGGUUUUUAUCCGUCGAAUCUGCUCUUCCGCCUCCGACGCAAGCGCGCCAGUGGAAGAUCUAAUUUUCCCAAGUUCUGUCCGGCUGGUAGACUGUCAACAUUCAGCCUGACAACUGGGCUGGCACGGAAGAGCAUCACUUUUUUCAGGCAAACUGCUCAAACAGCAGUUGCGAUCCUCGAGAGUUCAUCAUCGUCCCGACAACCAGAGGCCGGAGGAUCCCUCUCUCAAGGCUCUUGGGAUCGAUCCGGUCAAAGCCGGUCAGCUCGAAUGCCUUGGGGAGUAGAGGGCGGCGGCUCUGUCGAAUAA